UAACCCCAGCGGUGUCAGGCCCGGGCUCUUUAUAAUCACAGCUGUGGUGGAGCUUUGACUCAGAGCCUCUCUCUCCACCAAGAACUUUAGUUGUUUUUCAUUCUGUUUGUCUUCCAGCGGUGAAAUGUCGACCACCGGGAGCUCCCUGAACUGUGAGGGGAUGUACUCCCAACUCAUAGACAACGAGCCCUGUCAUGACGACUUACCCCACAGGCCACAUGUGGGACACCGCGUCGGAGUGUUCCCCAGGCCGAGUGGUCCCGGGCUGUACCGCCUCGCCACCAUCUGCCUGGCUACGCUGUGCGCCGUCCUGCUGAUCUCCAUCAUAGCUGUCACUGCACACUAUAAAAACAAACCUCAGGGUGGCGGUGAGGCAUCCUUAGGGAAGCAGACGCAGGAGGCAAACGUGUCAGCUCUGACAGCGUCCAUCGCCAAGCUGCAGCAGGAGAAACAACAGCUGCAGAAAGAGAAGGAGGAGCUGCAGGCCAAGCUCGCUGCAAAGAUGGCUACUAAAGCUCCUGCCGUGGUAACGAGGGCUCCUAUCGUCUGCCCCAACGACUGGCAGCUCUUUAACAACAGCUGUUACUUAAUCUCCAGGAACUCGCGGGAUUGGCCGGAGAGCAAGUCAUUCUGUGAGAGCAAAGGCGCUCACCUGGCCAUCAUCCACACACCUGAGGAGCAGACAUUUCUAUGGAAUCUUCUUCCCAGAGGACACUGGAACUCCUACUGGUUUGGAAUAACUGACGGAGAAACAGAAGAUGAGUGGAAAUGGGUCGACGGCACUCCGGUAAUCGGAGGUUUCUGGGAGGAGGGUGAGCCCAACAACCACAUCAAUGAAGACUGCGGCUACAUCGUGAAAACACUUGUGUUGGAACGAGUGGCGAUCCGGAGCUGGUACGACGCCCCCUGCAGCAUGUACUUACCCUUCAUCUGUGAGAAAGAGAUGGGCCCCGGCGCGAGCACUGCCAUACCACACUAAGAAAACCAGUUAGUAUUUUUUACAGGCUGCUUGGGUUAUCUGUCACAGUGUAGUCAGUUAAUCAACACUUACUUACGUAUCAGAUGGUAACGCAAGGAAACUGCGUCUCUUCAAAAGCUUAAUCAUUUUUGUAUGAAAUAGCUGGUUUUGAAAAGUGGUGCGAGAAACUAAAACAUUAUAACUCUACUUUAGUAAUAGUACAAAACCUUUAGCAUUCAUUUAUACUUACAGUAAAUUAAAACAAUCAUUAUGUAGAACUAUAUACAUUAAAAUAUCGGCUGAUUAUUGAUUAGUUAUAUGUAUAUUUUUUUAUAAGAGCACAGCAUUAUAUAGUCCUAGACUUUUAUUUUAACAUCUGCAGUAAAUAAUAACUAAAGCUUUAAAAGAAACUGUAUGAAGUAAGAAAAAUGUGUUUGUAUUCAAAGCAUAGUGGAGUAGCGUACACUGGGACUCUCUGUGCUCAGUGCCAUUAACAGGAGCAACACCAGCCCUCCUCUGGAUGUGUCGCUGGCUUCUAUCAGUUUCAGAUAUGUUGCGUUGAUUCAGUGUUUCUGUGCCUUAAACUGCAUAAUUAUUUUUAUAUAUUUUUAUAUGAUUCACUUUCAGACUUAAAUCAGGGAUUCAAGCUAAUUAUAAAUGUUUUUAAAUGUUUUAUAUUUGGAAUCAGAUAUGAAUUGUGUUAGAUGUCUGUGUGUAUAUACUGUACAUAAAAUACACAUCAUGUUUGAUCUGUAUGUGAUGUAGCCACAUGUGUAACAUUCCUCUCUUUGAAGAUGUACUUUGAGAAGUAAAAAUGUUUGUUGUCCCGUGGCGUGACUAAGGAUUGUAUUUUCUCCAUGUGUGUCAGCUGUUGCUGUCACUCAUAGUUAUAUCUGCCAUGUGAAUACAGAAAGUGCACCUAUCCCGUCCUGACCUUCGGUCGGAGCAGACAUGUGCAGUCUGUUAAUGAUGAAUCUGUUCUCUUCAUGAAACAUGAUGUUUGUAAUGUCUCCUCCCAGCACUGCUGUUGUUGUCCUGCAGGUGGCGCUGCUACCACAAUCAGCCUGUCAGGAUGUUGACUACAGCAGAGUCUGUGGACUAAAAUUACAAUAAAUUAAAAUA